GCGGCGGUGUGUGUGUGUGUGUGUGUGUGGGUUGUGCCUGAGCGCGUACUGUGUUCUCCUCCAGUGUUUAACUCCUGUUAGGUGAUUUAUAAGACUGAGAAAGUUCCCUGGAAAGCUCUUCUGAGCGCGAGAGAUGAUCGUCCACUUCGUCCACACGUGCGGGGUUUUAACCCUCAUGCUCCUGCAGUCACGCGCGCUGAUAUCAGGAGCCACACUCGAACCGUACGACCUGCUCUACAGCAGCGGAGAGGAUGCGUUACAGCGCGGCGAUUACACGAGCGUGGUGCGCUACAUGGAGCACGCGCUGCAGAGUUUCACACAAGUGCGCCGGAACAAAAUCCGAUGUGGACUCCAGUGCCGGGAUCAACACACGUUCGACGCGACCCCGACUCCGACCGCGACCCCGACUGUGACUGACCUCCAGGUGUUUGAUGCGAUUUUGCACAGAGCCUCAUGUCUCAACAAAUGCCUGGAAAAAGCGCUCGGACCCGUUUCUGUGCAUAAAGUGAGUGCUGAUGUUGACCAGGACUUCCACAGGAGAAUCCCAUACAACUACCUGCAGCUCGCAUACAUCAAGCUGAAGCAGCCAGACAAAGCAGCAGCAGCUGCCCACACAUAUUUCCAGGCAAAUCCUGAGCACAUAGAGGUCAAUCCGGAGCAGUACAAAGCGAUGCAUGGAGUGGAAGACAAGGAUUUCAUUGACCGAGAAGCCCGUCCACAUCAGAGAUCCUUCGCUGCCGCGGUGGAACUGUAUGAUAACGGCAACUACGAAGCAUCCGUGGCGCUCUUCGAGGAGGCUUUGACUGAAUACUACAAGGCAGACAUGGAGUGUCGAGUCCUAUGCGAGGGGCCUCAGAGUUUUAGGGAUCACGAUCAUGUGCUCUAUCGCUACACCAUGUCUGAGCUCAUCUCAGAUCAUUACACACAAGUCCUGAACUGCAAGCACGAGUGUGUGAGAGAUUUGGCUACACGCCCAGGUCGCCUCUCGCCAAUGGAGAACUAUCUGCCGCUCCACUAUGACUAUCUGCAGUUUGCUUAUUUCCAGGUAAACAAUCUGGAGCAGGCUUUGGUCUGUGCUCUGAGUUACCUGCUGUUUCAUGAAGGAGACGAAUCCAUGACUGAGAAUGUGUCGUACUACACUGAAAUACUGGGACAUGGGGCACAGCCUCGGCAGGAAACUGUGGACUAUGUGAAGAGGCACAAGCAAGAGCUGGAGCUACUCCUUAUUGGGAGUGAAAAUUUGGGUGUGCCCUAUGUAGAGGAGAACUACUGGAGAAGCUCGGGUGGAAGACAUAACGAAAACGGGAUCCCCUCUGGAACAGAUGGGUGGAUGGAAUAUGUGCCCAUUUCUAAGAAAAAGAACAGCUCAGUGGUGAUGAUGCAACAGCUUCAUGAGGGAGGCUCGUUGCUGUAUGACAGUAUUCGUCUGGUGCAGAACUCAGCUGCUCUUAAUGGAACACAGAGAGUGGUCUUUGAUGAUGUCAUUACUGAAGAUGAGUGUGCUGAGCUCAGGAAUAUUGCACACAUUACGACAGCGGCUGGUGAUGGUUACAGAGGAAAAGUGUCCCCUCACACACCAAAUGAAAAGUUUGAAGGGACAACCGUGCUCAAGACAUUAAAGUUUGGUUAUGAGGGCCGAAUUCCUUUAAGAAGCGCCCGUCUCUUCUACGACGUCAGCGAGAAGGCCAGGAAGAUAAUUGAGUCCUAUUUCAAGCUGAAUUCCACCCUGCAUUUCUCAUACACGCAUCUAGUGUGCAGGACAGCUAUCCCAGAUCAGCAGGAUCACAGGAAUGACCUUAGCCACCCGAUCCAUGCUGAUAACUGUCUUCUGGACCCUGAAGCCAAUGAAUGCUGGAAAGAGCCUCCUGCUUACACACACAGAGACUACAGUGCCCUUCUUUACCUCAAUGGGGAUUUUGAAGGUGGAGAGUUCAUAUUUACUAAAAAGGAUGCCAAAACCAUCACGGCGUCAGUGAAGCCGAGGUGUGGGCGGAUGGUAGGUUUCUCCUCAGGGGGUGAGAACCCACAUGGUGUGCGUGCAGUCACAAGAGGGCAGCGUUGCGCGUUGGCACAUUGGUUCACACUGGAUCCCCUCUACAGAGAGCUAGAGAGACUACAGGCUGAUGAAGUGAUCCAAGAGCUUGAGCACCACUCGGAUGACAUCAACCAGAAAGACGAGUUAUAGUCCCGUGUCUGAGAAUCAGAGAGCCUUUCUAUUUCCAACAGUUCCUAUUUAUUUUGUUCUAUUGUGAUGAGAACUAUUUUAUUUUUAUACUGUUUAUUGUUGCGUUGUGUUUCUGUAAUUCAGUUCCUCUAAUCGAGGUCUUGUGCAUAUCAGGGUACAUGUUGGUCAGAUCUUAUAAUAUCACCUUUAAUGUGCUUUAAUUGCAGAGAUACUGUACAAAAUAAUCUACGGUGUAGAUAUGUUUUUGUAGUUUUUGUUAUUAAAACGGAAUUGUUCUAAGAUUAAGAGAACUAUUUUAUUUGUAUUAGGAUCAGGUUUUGCAAAGGAUUUUGUGUGUCCUCCAUGUGCCUUACAACUUUUUUUGCUAUUGUCUUUUUUCAUCUGUAAGCAUUAGAACACUGUAUUUUCUUUUACAGAAUGAUAAGAAUAUUAAGAUGUGGUUUGUUCCUGUUUCAAGGAAUUAAAAAAAAUUUGUCUUUUGUCUCAUGGUUUUGGUUGACUGUCUUGUUGGGUGCCAUUUGCACUGUACUUAUGGCAUUUUCGUUAAGUUCAGACUCGCUCAAUCACAUGAUUUUCAUAAGGAGCAUGCACUGAUGUGAACUGUCACACAUAUAAGGUAUAUCAAACAAUAAUGUAAUUUAAAUUAAAUAUUUAAAUGCA